UUGAUAAUUCUGAUAUCUCCUCAUUUUGUCCCGCGCAGUGAUGGGUGGGCGGACAGGUAUGAUGUAACCGACGGUUACGUGAGGGAAGCGGCGGGAGGUAUCACCAUCAAGCUCCAGUCAGCGGACGUGAAGUGGUAUGAUGAUUACUACCUGAAACUCCGCCCUGAGAACAACCCCAGGAACCCCUGGUUUCCUGAGUUCUGGCAGCAUCGCUUCCAUUGUCGCCUCAAAGGUCACCCACAGGAGAGCAACAAGUACAACCGCACUUGUGGCAAGCGGGAGUCCCUUCGGCAGCAAUAUGCGCAGGACACCAAGAUGGGCUUUGUCAUCAAUGCCAUUUACUCAAUGGCAUAUGGCCUCCAUAACAUGCAGCGCUCCCUCUGCCCGGGCUACCAGGGCCUUUGUGAUGCCAUGCGACCUAUAGAUGGUGCAACACUGUUGGACUUCCUGAUGAAAACCAACUUCACUGGUGUGUCAGGAGAAGGAAUCUUAUUCGAUGAAAAUGGAGACUCCCCUGGCAGGUAUGAAAUAAUGAAUUUCAAAAAGAUGGGAAAGGACUACUAUGACUACAUAAAUGUUGGUAGUUGGGACAACAGGGGGUUGAGGAUGGAUGAUGAUGAAAUCUGGCCCACUAAAGAGGCCAUCAUCAAAUCUGUGUGCAGCGAACCCUGUGACAAAGGCCAGAUUAAGGUGAUUCGUAAGGGGGAGGUGAGCUGCUGCUGGACGUGCACUCCCUGUAAAGAAAAUGAAUUUGUGUUUGAUGAAUACACCUGCCAAGCCUGUGAGCUGGGCUCCUGGCCUAAUGAUGGCCUUACAGGCUGUGACCCUAUACCUGUGGAAUACCUGCGGUGGGGGGACCCCGAACCCAUUGCUGCAGUAGUCUUCGCCUGCCUCGGUCUGAUGGCCACCUUCUUUGUAACUGCAGUUUUUAUCCGGUUUCGGGACACUCCAGUGGUUAAAUCCUCCAGUAGGGAGCUGUGUUACAUUAUACUGGCAGGGAUCUGCCUGGGAUACCUGUGCACCUUCACUCUCAUAGCAAAACCCCAGGUCAUUCACUGCUACCUCCAACGAUUGGGAAUAGGCCUCUCACCUGCCAUGAGCUACUCUGCCCUUGUCACUAAGACAAACCGCAUCGCUCGGAUACUGGCAGGAAGCAAGAAGAAGAUCUGCACAAAGAAACCUCGCUUCAUGUCUGCCUGUGCUCAGCUUAUCAUUGCCUUCCUCCUCAUACUGCUACAGCUAGGCAUCAUCGUGGCUCUUUUCCUCAUGGAGUCCCCGAAGGUGAUCUACGAUUACCCCAGCAUCCGGGAGGUCAACCUCAUCUGCAACACCACCAACCUCGGUGUGGUUGCCCCCCUGGGAUACAAUGGCUUACUGAUCCUCAGCUGCACCUUUUAUGCCUUUAAGACUCGUAAUGUCCCGGCCAACUUCAAUGAGGCUAAGUACAUUGCGUUUACCAUGUACACCACCUGUAUCAUCUGGUUGGCAUUUGUACCCAUCUACUUCGGCUCUAACUACAAAAUUAUCACCAUGUGCUUCAGUGUCAGCCUCAGUGCAACUGUGGCUCUAUGCUGCAUGUUUGCGCCCAAGGUGUACAUCAUUCUGGCAAAACCGGAGCGCAAUGUGCGCAGUGCCUUUACUACAAGCACGGUGGUGCGCAUGCAUGUAGGAGACGGCAAAUCGUCCUCAGCCGCCAGCCGUUCUUCUAGUCUGGUGAACCUGUGGAAACGCAGAGGCUCUACUGGAGAGACGCUCAGCUCCAACGGUAAAUCGGUGUCCUGGGCGCAGACGGAGCGCGGCGGCUCACGCGGGAACCACCUUUGGCAGCGUCUGUCCUUCCACAUCAAGAAGAAAGAGAACAACCAAACGGCCGUGAUCAAGCCCUUCUCCAAAACCUCCGAGGAGCGCUACUGCAGCGCGGCCGACCUGCCGCCGCACCUUCCCCUGCCCUCCCUCCCCUCCAUGUCCUCCCUGCCCUCUCACGCCGACAACAGCACGGACAAGACCCUGUACGACCUCUCGGAAGCGGAGGAGCACUACUCCAUUACGUACCAGCCGCAGACGCCUUCCCCCAUCAGCACCGUCAGCCAGAGGAUUGGAGCCUGUUUAACGGAGGAGUCCAUGAUGGCUGCUAUUCCAAAGUACUCCAGCAGCAUCUGCAGCGGCGGCAGCAGCAGCGGCGGCAGCAGCUGCGGACCCCCCAGCAGCGGCUCCCUGGCAGCCGGGAGCGACGGCCGCCUGGUCGCUACGGACGACCGCCUCCCCGUGGUCCAGAGCACGCUGAUGGACCAGAUCAGUUGCGUGGUGAACCGCUUCACCGCCAACAUCUCCGAGCUCAACAGCAUGAUGCUGUGUUCCUCUCCGACCCACUCGCACACGCACAAACACACGCCCCCGCCGCCCCACCCCGCAGACCCCUACCUGCUGCCCCGCGAGCUCCAGAUGCCCCCCACCCUCACCACCUACGCCGACGUCCAGCCCCUGCCCCCCGUCGAGUCCAGCAUGGCCGGCCGAGGUGGCUGCCUCGUCCACCCUCUGCCUCACUCACCUUACCCCUUGCCCCACUCCCAUCCCCACACCUCCCCGUCUCUCUCGCCUCUGAGGGGAGGCCUGGUCGCCUGCCUCCCGGACUCCCCGCUGAGAAGGGCGGAGCUGGAAGAGGAGCUGAUUGCUCUAACUCCUCCAUCACCCUUCCGCGACUCUCUGGCAUCCAGCAGUGAGUCCCUAAACUCAAAGAUGAGUCUGUGCGUGCCCCCCGUCCCUUCCCAUCCUCCCCCCUCUCCACCUUCACCCAGGUACACCAGACUGACACUCAGAAACUACAGCCAGAGUUCAUCCUCAUUGUGA